AUGGAUUUGGAUCAACAAGAGGCUUUGAAUGCUAUUCAGAAUUCUGUGUACAGAACAGCCCUGAAGCUCCGUGCUGUGCAAAGUCUAUGCCAACUCGAUUUGGUCGAUGCCUCCUUGAUUCAACACAUUCUGCCAAACCACCAGUGCCGGGAUGAGAAGCAGGACCCGCUCACAGUGAAGCAGCUCUCAAAGCUGCUAAAGGAGCUUUUUGGGAGAGCCAGAUUAGAGAAGCCGGGGCAGGUAGCGCCAAAGGCCCAUGAACUAACUUUGAGCCUCCUGACUGCUGCAUUCGACAGAAACGGAGUGGGUUUUAUCCAGCCUCGAUCGGUUGCGGCUGCUCUAAUUGCUCUCUCAGGAGAAAACCUGCUUACCAAAUAUAGAGCGUUCUUUCAGCUUUACGCAACCUGUGCAGGAAGGGGUUCCAGCCGCAUCAUUCACAUUACUCGAAAUGGGGUGAGGAAACUGCUCACUGACUUACUCCAGAUCCUGAUCGUUGUGGGAGAAAACCGCCAUCUCUCCAAUGUGGAAAUUGCAACAUGCAGUUGUUUCAGUGGGGUUCUGAACUCCGCAGUUGGUGAAGAGAGAUUCCUGGCUUGGCUCCAGUCUGAACCCGCCGUUCUCCUCUGGCUCCCCACCUGCUAUCGAUUGUUGGCAACAGAAAUGGUCACCCACCAGGUCAAGUGCAAAGUUUGCAAGAGCUUUCCCAUCACUGGACUCAGGUAUCGUUGUCUGAAGUGCCUGAACUUUGACCUUUGCCAAGUCUGUUUCUUCACCGGACAACACAGGAAACCCCACAAGAAGUCUCACCCUGUGAUGGAACAAUGCGUGCCAGUGUCGGCAAAGGACAGCACAAAGCUAUUUUUCCGCACCAUCCGGAACAAUUUACUGCAAGGGCGUUGCGAAAGGAAAGAAGCUCUGAGAAGAAAGGCCUUGGUGGUGGUGGGAGAUGCAGGCCUCUCUACCCACAGCCAAGCACUGUACUUGAAGAAAGAGUUGAACAAAUGGAAGAGCAAAGUGCAGCUCUUGCAUUCCGCUCAAGAAGACAGAAACCGUACACUAGAAGCAAAGCUCCAUGAGCUACUAGCGAGCCAGGAGAACCUCCGUUUGGAGGUUCAGGAAAUGAGGCUGGAAAUUCAGAAUGUCCCUAGAGCUGGGAAGAAGCCCUCGAAGGAAAGGAAUUUUCAGGAUGGAUCAGGUUACCUUCCAUUAAAGCCCAGCCAUAUGAAAUAUUCAAAGUGCAAGUCUUUGGAUCUGCCCUCUGCUUGUGUUGAAAGGAAGGGGCCUUUUGAGCCACAGGCUGGUCUUCUCAGCAGGAAGUCAGGAUCGCCAGAGAUCACACGGAGGUCAGAAUUGCUCCAAAACUCCAGCCCUGAAGUUGCACACAAUGAAAGCCCCUCGGGAAGGUUUGUUCCUAUAACAAAUCCGACUGGAGAUCUAAAGCCUGAAACAAACAGGAAUCAUCUCAGCAGUGGCAUUAAGAUCACAGGCCUUCCCUGCCCCAUUGCAACAGAGGCACUACUUAGUGAGAGGCAGAUGGAAGAGGAGGAGGAGGAGGAAGAACUGCAGCAGCUAAUGAGGAAAUUGAAGGACGCGCUGUCUUUCCAAGUGCGACCAGGUCAGCCCUCAGUCCUCAAGGAGGGAUUGCUCUCCACAGCCGAGCACGUUUGCAAGUCUUUCUCUGAUCUCAUCAGCCACGUAACCUUGCUUCCAACUGGGAAAUACAAGAAUCACAUCUUGGCUUUGGAAAACACAACGCUGGAACCAGUGGAAGUUAACAAAAAGUGCUUGAAAAUGCAACCCACGCUUUCAACCAGUUCAUUAAUGGAUCUCAAAAUAGAAAUCUAG